UUUUCACCCAAAACCUCACGACUCUGUUUCUCUUCGUCUCCAUUACUCACUAUCGUCUCUGCUUUAUCUCUUGAAACCCUAAUUAGAACUCAUUAAUGGAGUUGCUGUCAUCCCCAUCUCUCAGUUCAUACUGCUCCUUCACCUGCAAACAAUCAACUUCUACCUCCAAAGAAUGUUCUUCCUCUUUCAUCAGAAUUUCAAACAGAAAAUCAUCUUUUCCACUUAGUCUUAAGUUGACUUCGCAAAGGUUGCAACCAUCUAACUUUACAGUCGAAGCUGUUGUUGGUGAUGCAAAUCAUACAACUGCUGUACCAAACGAUUCUACCAUGAAAACCAGUUCUGAAACUGGUGAAGAGAAUGUCGACGAUUCUGGUGACCCUAAAAUGAUUCGAAUUUGUGACAAAUUGAUUGAAGUUUUCAUGGUCGACAAACCUAACCCUGUUGAUUGGAGAAGAUUGUUAGCUUUUAGCAAGGAAUGGGAAACCAUUCGCCCUCAUUUCUUUGAAAGAUGUCAAGAUCGAGCAGAUAAAGAAGACGACCCUGGAAUGAAGCACAAGCUAUUUCGACUUGGAAGAAAGCUGAAAGAGGUUGAUGAAGAUGUGCAAAGACAUAAUGAACUUCUACAAGUUGUUAAAAAUUCACCUUCUGAAAUUGGUGAUAUUGUUGCUAGGAGACGAAAAGAUUUCACAAAAGAAUUCUUUAUGCAUCUUCAUGCAGUUGCAGAAUCUUAUCAUGAUAAUGAGGAAGAACAAAAUCUGAUUGCAAAAGUUGGGAACAAAUGUUUGGCUGCUGUAGAAGCUUAUGAUACUGCAACAGAAAGCAUUGAAGCAAUUAAUGCUGCAGAAUUAAAAUUUCAAGAUAUUAUAAAUUCUCCUUCUGUUGAUGCUGCUUGUAGGAAGAUUGAUAAUUUAGCUGAAAAAAAUCAAUUGGAUUCAGCUUUGGUUUUGAUGAUUACAAAAGCUUGGUCAGCUGCAAAGGAGACAAACAUGAUGAAAGAUGAGGUAAAAGACAUAUUGUAUCAUUUGUACAUGACAGCAAGAGGUAAUCUUCAAAGACUUAUGCCAAAAGAGGUCCGAAUUGUUAAAUAUCUUCUUACUAUUGAAGAUCCCGAAAGGUUGUUAUGUGCGCUAAAUGACGCUUUUACCCCUGGUGAUGAGCUUGAGGGACAGGAUUUCGAUAACUUAUAUACGACACCUGAAAAACUACAUACUUGGAUUAAGGCUGUGGUGAAUGCUUACCAUUUUAGUAGAGAAGGGACACUUGUAAAGGAAGCUCGGGAUCUUAUGAACCCUAAAAUCAUUCAAAAAAUGGAAGAAAUUGAGAAGUUGAUACGAGAUAAAUUCAUGUAAACAUUGUAAACAUGGUUAUGGUGUUUAUAUGAUCUGGAAAAUGAAUAUUAUACAGUAGUAUCACCACACUCCGUAUUUGAAUAUCACAAAAUAACCAUCUUUUCUAGAAAAAAAAAA